AUGGCUCGCACGAAGCAGACGGCGCGCAAGUCGACGGGCGGCAAGGCCCCGCGCAAGCAGCUGGCCACCAAGGCGGCCCGCAAGAGCGCGCCGGCCACCGGCGGCGUCAAGAAGCCGCACCGCUACCGGCCCGGCACGGUGGCCCUGCGCGAGAUCCGGCGCUACCAGAAGUCCACCGAGCUGCUGAUCCGCAAGCUGCCGUUCCAGCGGCUGGUGCGCGAGAUCGCGCAGGACUUCAAGACCGACCUGCGCUUCCAGAGCUCGGCCGUCAUGGCCCUGCAGGAGGCGUGCGAGGCCUACCUGGUGGGGCUCUUCGAGGACACCAACCUGUGCGCCAUCCACGCCAAGCGCGUCACCAUCAUGCCCAAGGACAUCCAGCUGGCGCGCCGCAUCCGCGGGGAGAGGGCGUAAAACAAACUCCUGAUCGCAAAAGGCUCUUUUCAGAGCCACCCACAGUCUCUUGAAAGCGGUUGUAACCACUAUCAACUACCGAAACAAUUUAGUUGCUAGGACCCUUUCGGAUGUGGUACUUGAAUGUUAAUUGGCGAAGUCCCUGUCUUAGGCUUCCGUAGCCCUGUUAGAAGUGUUUUUUAAGGUACAUUGAUCAUUUACGGGGUGACUUCAAAGCAGGUUUAAUUUCUUGGAGCAGUUAGACAAGCUUCACACGUACACCAGGAACAGGGAGCAAAGUAAGCUUAUGGUGGGACCUAAAUUCCCCAGGGAGGUUUCUCUACAUUUGUAGUGCAGUUCCUUGAAAACCCUUUAUAUUGGUUUACUUUUGCCUGUUCAUUUGGACCUUUUUAAAUUAAAGAGAAUAGCAUUUAGUCAGGUGAGUUUGUAGAGGGUCCUGACCAUCCCCUGUAACAUAAUAGAAGUAAAUAUAACCGCAUUCUCAGUAUCCAUAAAAUUUUCAGUAGUCCACAAAACAUUUCAUGUAUCCUGACUCCAGAAUCUUGUAUUGGUCUACCUGAGAAGCGACUGAAGCUCGGGUGAUAGAAACACUUAUGUACUCACCAGCAGAGACCCACUAAAUACAUAUAUGCAAUAAGAAAAAAGACUUGCGUAUCAUCCCAAAGUUUCUUUGCCUAUGCAUCUUAAAAUCAAUAGGAUUUGAAAUUCUGACAGGUUGCUACCUAAAGUGUCUCUCCUACUCAUGUCCUCUUUUAAUAAAUAAAAAAUUAUUGACUAAAGUGUUAAUUUGUUUAA